GUCCGUAACGUGUACGUGUCUCUUAUAAAGAGUUAUUCUUAGAGUUAAUUUUCACAAGGCUAUAGUAAACGCCUCAGCGUUUGUAGUUUCUAAACGUAUACUUUUUCCUGGAAAGUACAUGGCUCAUUUUUUCACGUUCUUGGUCCAGGGUGGAAUAAAAAUAUUAACUCGCAUCGUACCUGGAAAAACUUCGAAAUUUUCUCUUCACUGAAUGGGUGUCUUCGGAGUGAACUGUGUCCGGAAGGAGUUGAUUUCUAAACGUAAUGGAUACCAAUUCAUUUGAUUGCUAACGCUUGAUUGAAACGCCUCGGAUGGCUUUCAUAGCAUCUUCGUUCCAUUUAACACUCUUUGCAGUAGUGUUAGUGGGAAUAUCUUCCGACGUUGAGGCUGCUAGACGGGACUUCAAUUCUUUCCCCAUUUACAAUGAUUCAAUUGCCGUGGUCAUCGACUCCGACUUUCUCGACGCCGAAAAUUCGAAAAUACUGGACACCGUCCAGUUCAUCGUCAGUGCCGCCAAGCGACAAUACGCCUCCAAAGGCACGUUAGCUGUCGAAUACUUUACCAAUACAAAAAUCGUUUUGAGAAAAGAUUUUACGAUCGCUUUGAUAGUAGCUCCCUGUGUUGAUUUGUGGCACCUUUACAAAAAUGCUGAAGACAAUAGCAUCCUGUACAUAGCAAUAACAGAAUCCGACUGUCCACGUCUACCGGAAUCCAGCGGAGUCACGAUGCCUUUGGCAGAAACUGGGUCGGAGCUUUCGCAAUUAAUUCUUGAUUUGAGGACAUCCAUGAGUAUUGUUUGGAGGAGCGCCACACUUAUUUACGACUCAUCCAUAGAUCCAUCCUCAAUUAGUGGAAUUGUAACAGCUUUGACGACGGUAAUUCCCACCUAUGAGAAUAGUUCUGCCGAUAUUAUAAUUUACAGUUUGAAUGACUCCAACUCCGAUUGGGAACGGAGACAACAGGUACAUAAUUUAAUGAGAACGUUGAAAAAUACUGAAGACGACUUCGAGCAAUAUCUUUUGAUCGUGUCCUUCGAAUUGAUUGGAAUUAUUUUAGAUCUGGCCAAAGCUUAUGAUCUGCUCAUGCCCCAGAAUCAGUGGUUAUUCGUCUUGUGUGAAACUCCAAAAGGCUAUAACAACGUAAGCAACUUUGUGAACACACUAACAGAAGGUGAACACAUCGCAUUCGUAUUCAACACUUCAAUGAGAACACAGAGCUGUAAGGGUGGGUUAUUGUGUAACGUAGAGGAAUUACUACGGUCACUGUCGGUUGCAAAUAAAAUUGCAAUUCAAGAGGAGACUGACUUAUCAAGUCAAGUAUCCGAUGAAGAAUGGGAGCUCAUCAAACCUAGCAAGUAUGAUAGACGAAAAUCUCUCCUGUCUUAUAUGAAGGCUGAACUAUACACGUCUGGAGUUUGUGGUAAUUGCACUCGCUGGACCUUGCAAGCGGGGGAAGUAUGGGGUCAGGACUUCAUAGAGAACGGGAAAUCGGCAGUCAAACUGCUCGAUGUUGGCACGUGGACUCCAAGAGACGGUAUAAAAACACUGGACGCCUUGUUUCCCCAUCUCACCCAAGGUUUUCGCGGAAAGACGUUGCCCAUUAUAACUUUUCACUUUCCUCCGUGGCAAAUAAUCAGCUACAAUGAGUCGGGGCACGUUUCAUCCUACGGUGGAGUGAUUUUUAAAAUUCUCAACGAGCUCGCCAUUCGUCUUAAUUUCACGUAUAAUGUAUUGUUGGCCUCUGGGAAUGACAAGGACCUUGCCAAUGAGACAACAGUAUCAAAGGAUGAGGCGUUGAAGGAUAUAGCUCCGGAUAGUUUAGAAUCAAGGAAAGCUUGGAACGCCAUGGUGCAGUACGUUCGGACUAAGAGGGUUUUCCUUGGGGCAGCCGCUUACACAGUCCUACCGCAGUAUAUUGGUAUAAUAAAUUAUACAGCCCCCAUCAGUUUGGAGACGUACGUUUUCCUCACCGCCAAACCGCGAGAAUCCAGCCGAUUUCUGUUGUUUAUGUCUCCGUUUACGCCGGUGACUUGGUUUUGUAUAUUUGCCGCUGUCAUAGGAAUGGGCCCCGUUCUAUACUUUUUUCAUAGGAGCACACCGUUUUAUGCCUUUUUCGGUUUCAAACAUUCAAAACAUUUUAAUUCCAUGUUAAAUUGUUUUUGGUACGUUUACGGAGCACUCUUGCAGCAAAGUGGCACACAUUUGCCCGAAGCAGACAGUGGUCGCAUCGUUAUCGGCACGUGGUGGCUUGUUGUUCUGGUUAUCGUUACGACUUACAGCGGGAAUUUGGUGGCCUUUUUAACAUUUCCACAAAUGGAAGAUGUGGUCACAAAUCUAGACGAACUUCUCGCCAAAAAAGACACGUACACAUGGGGCAUAGAUGAAGCAUCAACGUUGAUCCCGAUUUUGAAACAAGCAGAUGAUGGGUCAAGACUGAAAGAACUUUACAAGCACGCUAAACUGCACCCUUACCUAAACACAAAGGUGAUGGAUCAAGUAAGAGGAGGUCGCCACGUGAUUAUACAAAGGCGGACGAAUCUCCUAUUUUACAUGAAAAAAGACUUUCUUCUCCAUGAUCGCUGCGAUUUUCUCCUCGGUAGAGACGAGUUUAUAGAGGAAUCUAUUGCCAUGAUUAUCGCUGAGGGUAGCCCCUACUUGGGCAUAAUCAAUGAAAGGAUUCGGAGGAUGCACCAGAUGGGUCUGAUCCACAAAUGGAUUACGGACGCGUUGCCGAAAAAAGACCGCUGUUGGAGUAAAUCCGUUGUCAACGAGGUCACCAAACAUUCCGUCAAUCUCGACGACAUGCAGGGAUGUUUUUUCUUAUUAUUUUUAGGAUUUUUGGUGGCAGUUUUGUUCGUGGUUGGAGAGAUUGCAAAGAAAAAAUUUGGUUCAAAACUCGGUAAUAGGGUCAUUUAUCCCUUCACACAAUGAAACUACAAAUAUAAAUGCCUCUUAGUGCUCUUGCCUUCCAACGCUCACCUCAGGCCUCACACUUGGAAUUUGCCUUUCCUUCCAUUCCGCCAUUACCUUUCAUCUUCCUUCGGAGGCAAUCUUUGGGUCAAUUUUGGAGCGGUGAACGUGAUAGUUUUUCCUUUUGAACGUGCUCAAAAAUGUAAUUCUAUUUUUUUAGAGGUAUUUUCCCUCAAUUACACAUAUUAUAGAUAUUUUGAUGCAACUUAAUCACUUGUCGCUCCUUUGUGAUGCACCGCGACGUUUAAAAUGUAUUCUUCUUCCCAUUCAGCUCAAAAAUAUAGGUACACCCUUUUUUUAAUUCAGA